AUGGCUGUGAGAAACAGGACAGAAGUGACUGACUUUGUCUUGCUGGGCUUGUCCAGCUGGCCAGAGAUGAAGCCAGUUAUUUUUGGAAUUGUCCUUACCAUGUACCUGAUUGCAGUUCUGGGCAAUGCCCUACUAGUAAUUGUUGCUUGUGUGGAUUCUACACUUCAGACCCCUAUGUAUUUCCUUCUCAGACAGCUUUCCUUUAUUGAUAUAUUUCUAACAACCAUUACCAUCCCUCAGAUGCUGGUCCACACACUGGCUGUGAGCCAAACCAUUUCCUACAACCUCUGCAUGGUACAGCUCUUCUUCUUCAUGGCUGUAGGCAGCAUGGAAGGCCACGUGCUGGCUGCCAUGGCAUAUGACCGCUAUGUUGCCAUCUGUGACCCCUUAAGGUACUCGGUCGUUGUCACCCAGCAUCUGUGUCUACGUAUAACACUGACCUCAUGGGUGGUGGUCAGCCUAAACAGCCUCCUGUAUAGUGUGCUGGUCAGCCGCUUAGCCUUUUGUGGAAACCGGGUCACUCACUUCUUUUGUGACAUCACGGCGCUGCUGAAGCUCUCUUGUACUCGUCCGGUGGUGAAUGAAAUGCUAAUCUUCACCGAGGGCGCAGCUGUGGUGGUCAGCCCAUUCUUCUUCAUUCUGGGUUCCUAUGCGCGCAUAGGUGCUGCCAUAGCCCAUAUGCACUCGGCGGUUGCCCUGCGCAAAGCUCUUUCCACCUGUAGCUCCCACAUCUUGGUGGUGCUGCUCCUAUAUGGCUCUGUGAUUCGUAUGUACCUCCGGCCAUCCUCCAGCUACAAUUUAGACCAGGAUCGCCAGGUUGCCAUCUUCUAUACCGUGGUCACCCCAAUGCUGAACCCACUCAUCUACAGCCUCAGGAACCAGGAAGUCAAAGGAGCUCUGCGAAGGCUUUUCAGAAAACUCUGUACCUCUGACUUCCUUUCCUGA